AUGGACAAGGAUUAUGCACUUAAUGUCCUGAUUAUAUAGAUCCUAUUGUAGGUUGUGUUCCAAUAUGUGAUAUAAACAAAUAUCCCAACUCAGAUAAAUAUUGUGUAGAUAUAACAGAAUAAUAAAUUUUAAAUGAUUAGUUUAGAAAUGCUCCUCCUAAUGUGUAAUGGAUUCGAAAAUAUGACUCUUCAGGAUUAACUACAUCAUUAAAAUGUUCUCAAUUUUAUGGUCUACUUACUGCUAGUGAAGGCAUGGAAAAGAAAAUACCCUACCCAACCUAAUAUCAACAUAAAUUAAGAAUUAAAGUAGUAAUGUAUCUUUAUAAUAAUAUUCCCUUAAAUUAAGGAAUUGUAUUUACCAUUAAUAAUGAUUACGUAGCCCAAUUAUAUAAUUUAAAUAGUGUGAUUACAAUGCAUAAUGGAUAUAUAUUUAGAAAGACUUCUCAAUCUUGCCCAGGAGUUGGUAAUGGAUAAUUAUACACUUUAAUAAUUGUUUGCCCUAUGAUAACAGGUGAUUUUACGAUGCGAAUCUAAGGAAAUAUGUAGAUUGCUACUGUUAUUUGGGGAGUUACCUUAAUAUAAAUUGUUGCUGGAUAUUGCUAAUAAUAAUGUAUAACUUGUUCAUCAGAUUAUUAAUGUACACUAUGUUAACCUGGUUUUUAUAUUAAUCAGGGCUUUUGCACUAAUACUAUGCCUUUAGACUUGAUAAGUUCGAAUUCUACUCAUAUUAUCACUUAUGAUUAAGAAUACCCUUAUUCUACAUAUUUAGUAUCUGAAUUUAACAACUACAAUAUUAAAUAAGAUCCUGAAACUUAUUUUACAUUAAUAUCUCAAAAUUAUGGCAACUUUCUGACUGGGUUUCAAACAUUUGGUUUAUAUACUAAAAAGAUUUUCGGUGGACCAUAUGUUUGGACAAAUGCUAAAUUCAAUAAAGUAUACUCAAUCGGAAAUGCACACUAUGCUAUUUCAAUAAGAAUGAAGAUAAUUUUAGGAGAUUAAUUUAAUUCAUAGUUCUUAAUAGAAUUUGAUACAAAUGGUUAAGAAAUCAUUACACCUGGACCUUAAUCAAUCAAUAUUUUUGGCACAAGUCCGACUGAAUAUUCUAUCGAUAAAUAUUGGUAUAUUACACAUUCCUCAAAUUCUUUAACCAUCACUAUUGAAUGUUUAGGAGAUGGAGAUUUAUUACAUAAAUAUUGUGGAAUUUCGGAUUAUUACAUAGUAGUACACUAAUGUUUUCCUUUUUGCUUAGUUUGUACUGAUUCAACUGAAUUAGGAUGCAGUUCAUGGUAAGCUAGUUAUUCUACAGCUAAAUUUAGUUAAUUGGAUUGCUUAUCUAAUGAAUAUUAUUAGAAUUAUAAUUGUUUUACUUGUAAUUCUUUAUGUAAUACUUGUUCAUCUUACUUAAUUUGUAAUAGCUGUAUAAAUAAUCUGAUUAUUAUAAAUGAUUAAUGUACAUGUUCAUAAGGAAAUUAUUUUGAUACAGGAGAUCAAUAAUGUCAUUAGUGCAAUUCAUUGUGUUAACAUUGUAUAAAAAACAAUUUUUGUAUUGUCUGUCUAGAAAUUAAUAAAAGAGUAUCUAAGAAUGGAAAUUGUGAGUGUUAAGAUACCUUCUAUCAAUAAACAGGAACGGAUAUCUGUUAGAAAUGUGAUAAUACCUGUUUAUCUUGUAAUGGACCUUUGCCAACUGAUUGUACAAGUUGUAACACUUUAAAAAAUUUUAAUUUGUCCAGUGAUAACAAAUGCUUAUGUGCAAGUGGUUAUUACCUCAGUUUUGGAAAUUGUUAAAGUAAAACAAGUGAAUAUGUUUUUUAGGUUGUCAUACAUCAUGCAAGGAAUGCUUUGGGCCAAAUAAAGACAAUUGUUUGGAAUGUGAUUCGACAAGAACUUUAUGUAAAUUAGAAUGCUAAUGCAAUAUUGGUUACUUUGACAGCGGAAUAUCAGUGUAUUGUGAUAGCUGUCCUCCAAUUGAAAAUUAAUCUUUAUAAGGGUGUUAUAUUGACUGUAAUGGAACUAUUCAAUGGUUUAAUGUAAGUUGCACAUAUACUCCUGUAUGCUAAAUUGGUGAAUAAAUAAUAAAUUACAAGUGUUAGUCAAUUUGUGGGGAUAAUUUGAUUAUGAAUGAUGAAUAAUGCGAAGAUUUAAAUAAUAUAAUGAAUGAUGGAUGUUAUAAUUGUUAAUAUUAAUGUCCUUUGAGUUGUCCAGGUUGCAUAAGUGGUAGUUGUAUAGAUGUUUGUGGGGAUGGUUAUGUAACAGGAAGUGAAUAAUGUGAUGAUGCUAUAACAUCAAUAGGUUGCAGUGGUUGUACAUAUUAAUGUCAACCUCAAUGUAGUGAUUGUUAAGAGGGAAAAUGUUAUUAAUGUUCUACAAGUGGAUAUAUAUUAGAUGUGAUAAAUAAUAAGUGUAUAGAACAUUGUGGUGAUGGAGUGAUCUUAGGUAGUGAAGAAUGUGAAGAUAUUAAUCCAAAUCCUAAUGAUGGUUGUGAUAAUUGUAAAUUUAAAUGUAGAUGGGAUUGUUUAGAUUGUUCUAGUAAUGGAAAAGUUUGCAAUCUUUGUUUAUUUUCUGGUUAUAAAACAGUAACUGGUACUGGAGCAUAUAAAUGUGUUCCUAUUUGUGGAGAUGGAUUAAAGAUAACUAAUUCACUUGAUACUGAGUAAUGUGAUGAUGGUAAUAGUAUUGCUAAUGAUGGAUGUAGUAAUACUUGCUAAUGGUAAUGUUAACUUACACCUAUAUGUACAACUUGUAAUAAUAAUUUAUGUUCUGCUUGUGGUGCUGGUUACUAAUUGAUAAGUACUAAAAAUAAAUGUGUUCCUAUUUGUGGAGAUGGUAUAAUUAAAACUACAGAAAUAUGUGAUGAUGGAAAUAAUUCAUAUUAUGAUGGUUGUCAUUUAUGUUAAUUAAUGUGUUAACCCUAAUGUUUAACAUGUACUUCAAAUGGUUGUACUCAAUGUGCUAUUGGUUAUUCUCUUAAUCAUUUCAAUAAUAGAUGUAUAUCAGUAUGUGCAAAUGGCUAUCUCAAUGAUGAUGAAGAAUGUGAUGAUUUACUCCAUAAAAAUUGUUAUUAAUGUAGAUACAUAUGUUCUUAUGGAUGCAUUAGUUGUAUUUAGGGUAUAUGUUAUAGAUGUUAAUCUAAUUAUGUCCUUAAUUUAUUUACAUAAUAAUGUGAACUUAUAAAUCUUACAUCAAAAUCGUAGAAUAUAAAAUAAUCAUUUGAAAUACUAUCAAUCAAUUCUUAUUAAACAAUUUCAUAUUGUCAAGUUUAAAUUUAAUCUUAAUGUUUAUUAUGUCUAUAGAAUUUUUAAUGGAAUCCAUUUACUUUAUUAUGUUAAAUUGAUACCUAUUAAUGCUAAUCUAAUUGUCUAUAUUGUAGUCCAAAUACUUGUAUUAUUUGUAAUAUAAAUUAUACUCUAAUUAAUUCUAUUUGUAUUGAGAAUCAAUUAUCUAGUCCUCCUAUUCCUUUAUGUUAAUAGAGUUGUAAUAUUUGUUUAUAUGACACAUGUCUAUAAUGUAAAAAAGGAUAUGAAUCUCUUGUUAAUAUUUGUUAACCUAUUUGUGGAGAUUAAAUAACAACUUUAGAUGAACAAUGUGAUGAUAAUAAUAAUAUUUAUGAUGAUGGAUGUUUUGAUUGUCAUUUCUAUUGCUUUGGUGAUUGUUUAAAUUGUUAAUUUGGUCGUUGUCUUGAUUGUGAAUCACCACAAAAAUUAAUUAUCUCCAAAAUGCAAUGUUAUGACCCUGAAAAAUGUGAUAAAGGCUAUUAUUAAAAUGAUUAUGAUAAUCUUUGUUAUAGCAAAUGUGGAGAUUAUAUCAAAACCAUAGAUGAAGAAUGUGACUCUCCCAUUUUAUGUUAAGAUUGUAUAUUAGUUUGUUCAUCCAAUUGUAAAUAUUGUAUUGACAGAAUCUGUUAUACUUGUGAUGAUGAUUAUACACUUAAUGAAUUAAAUCAAUGUCAACCUAAAUAAUAUCAUUUUAAUCAAAUCUCCAACACCUUUGUUUAAUAAUUUAAUAAUACAUUAUGUUUCCAAGAAUAUUGCUACUAUCAAUCUCAACCUACCAUGAAAUUAUCAACAAUUAAUCAAACCCAUAAUAUACAAUUUUUAAAACUAUCUUUUGAUUAAGAUAUCAUAUUCAAGUGCAAAAACAUACAAGAUGUUAUUAAAAUCUAAUUAAUUGAUGAUGAUAAUAGACUCAUUAAUUCAUCUAUUAUUCCUUAAUCUUAAAAUCUCCUUAUUCACAUUACAUAUUUAUCCACUCUUUAUAAUCCUACUAUUUAACUUAAAUUAAACGAUCCAGAAUGCAUUAAGAACCUAUUUAAUCAAACUUUGCAACAGUCAAAAACUCAAAUACGAACUGAUUCCAUUAUUCUUCUCACUGAAUCAGAAUAACUUGCAACAGAUGUUAUUGAAAAUAUUGCUAAUACUAUGCAAUACAUUAUUAUCAUAACUUUGCCGGCCUUAUUAGUAGUAGGAUAAAUAAGUAACUUUUUAAAUUUUGUUGAUCUCUUAUAAUUUACCUAAUAUUAGCAAUAUCUCAAUAUUCCUCAAAGCUCCAAUAUGUAAGAAUUUCUUUCAAUAUUUCAAAAUACAUCAUUAAAUAAAAUGCUAUCGUCUUUUUCAUUUUAUGAUCUAUUUUUUAUUCCAACGUAAUUUUAAAGAAAUGGAAGCUUUAUAAGUACAUCAAUACCAAUUACACAAGUAUAUGUUUUUACAGUAAUGAGCCAUUUUGUUUUAAAAUCUUUAUCAAAAUUCAUGAGAUAAUCAACUUUAGAUUUGAGGACAUAAAAUAAAUUACUAUUAAAAUUUCAUAUCUUUGGGAAUAAAUUUAUUCAUAAUUUAAAUAAAAAUAAUUUGUCAAUAAAAUUAUAAAAUUUAACUAUUUGUUGUGGAUUAGAAAUUUGUAUGAAUGCUUUUGUUUGUUCAUCGUUGGGAAUAUAAAAUGUAGAAUAAAUAGUAGAAUUUUCUAUUAGUAAUAUUAGUUCCUUUGCAUAUUUUUUUUAUAUCCUAAAUACUGUGAAAAUGCCUACUUUAAUAUCUUUAAGAUCUAAAGAUAGUAAGUUAAAUCCAAUAUAUAAAUCUCCAGAGAAGUAUAGGGUUGAUGUAUAGACCUAUAUAUAAGGGUUUAAAAAAUUAUUGUAUCCAUUAUGUUUAGUUUAUUGUCACAAGAAUCCAACAGUGGCUUCAGCUGGUUUGGCUAUAAUAGAUUUUUCUUAUGGCUUAUAUAUUUAUGAGAAGAAGCCUUUCAAGAAUAAGUUAGAAAAUGGUAAAGUAGUAAUAUAGCAAAUAAAUAACUCAUUGAUAAAUUGUUGCAAUAUAUUUCAAAGUAUAAAUAUGUUGAAGAAUCCAAAAAUUUUGGGAUUUGUUUAGAUGGGAUUGAUUGCUGAAUCAUUGACAUAUUCUUGUAUAAAUGAGGUAACUUAAAAGAAAGAUAUAAUAAUAAAAUUAUUGAAAAAGCUUUUUAAUCUUUCAGAUGUAAAAGUUGAGAAUCCAGGAAUAAUUGAAUUUCUUGUAUACGAAUGA